AUGAAAAAUAAAGAUGAGCGAGGUGUAAUUAGAUCACGUUCUGAACCGGCUUUGCAUCCCAAUCGACUCAAAGACAAAUCUUUGGCUCCCUCUACCUCUACCUCACUUGCUGCCAAUUAUCGCAAUAUUGAUGCAUCCUAUGAUCAGGGGGAAUCAGCUGAAACAAGUUGCAAAGGUUCAGAUGUUAGAUGCCUUGAUGAUGAAGAUGCAUCUUGGAUAUCAUGGUUCUGCAAUCAGAAAGGGAAUGAAUUCUUUUGUGAAGUGGACGACGACUACAUCCUGGAUGAUUUCAACCGUUCUGGUUUAAGAAAUCAAGUCCCAUUCUAUGAUUAUGCACUGGACUUAAUUUUGGAUGUUGAGUCUUCCAAUGAUGGUACUUUAACUGAUGAUGAACAGAACAAUGUGAUCGAAUCCGCAGCAGAGAUGCUCUAUGGUUUAAUUCAUGGCAGAUACAUAGCUACUAACAAAGGAUUGUCUGCAAUGUUGGAGAAGUACAGGAACUAUGACUUCGGCAGAUGUCCAAGAAUUCACUGCAAUAAACAACGAUGUCUGCCUGUUGGCCAGUCAGACAUCCCAAGGUUAAGUACUGUCAAAAUCUACUGUCCCAAGUGUGAAGACAUUUAUGCCUCACAAUCCAAACACCAAGAUCAAAUUGAUGGGGCAUAUUUUGGAACCACAUUUCCUCACCUUUUUUUCUUGACCUACGGCCAUCUUAAACCGCAGAAGGCGAGUCAGAAUUAUGUUCGGAGAAUAUAUGGCUUCAAAGUCCACAAGGAGGAAUGA